GGAUUAUUCGGUGCAUUAUUAUGUAAAUUAAUCAUCUUAUAUACAAAAUAUGUUCGAAAUCGAUCAUGGCUGAAAAAAUGGCCGGUAAUUGAAGUAAUGAUGGUUGUUAUAAUCACCGCGUCUAUAAAUUUUUGGAAUAGAUAUACUAAGAUGUCAAGUACGGAUUUAGUGUAUGAUUUGUUUAGCGAGUGUAAAGGUGAAAAUGAUCACAAAGGAUUAUGCGUAAACUCACCAGAGGAGAUGUUUGAUGUAUUUUGUUUACUUGGGCUCGCACUAAUUUCAAAAUUUCUUACAUGUGUAAUUACGUUUGGAGUAAGAACACCUGCUGGAAUUUUUAUUCCUGCCUUACUUAUUGGAGCAUGUUUUGGAAGAAUGCUUGGAAUCGCCAUACAGUACCUAACUAUGACACAUCCGGAUUUUCCAAUAUUUUCAGCAGUAUGUAAUCAAAAUAAAGAUAAUGAUUGUGUGAUACCAGGUGUAUAUGCAAUGGUCGGAGCAGCAGCUUCAUUAGCUGGAGUUACAAGAAUGACAGUUUCUUUAACUGUUAUAAUGUUUGAAUUAACCGGUGCUUUAACUUAUGUUUUGCCGAUCAUGACAGCUAUAAUAAUAUCAAAAUGGGUAGCAGAUUGGAUA